AUGGCAGUUCAAAGAUGGGAAGAUGAUGUGGAAGUUUUUGAAUGCGGCAGUUCAUUCAAUGAGAAUAAGGGGAAUGUGGUGGCAUAUGGCACGAUAGUAUCCGACGGAGGCCCAAAUGUUAUGCUGCACAAUGCUCCACUUGGGGAAGGCAACUUAAAGGUGUCUGUUGAUGUUGUUUUACAGGAGGAAGCGAAGCUUCCAAUUCCACUUAAGUCGGGACCAACAGUAAUGGUAGAUGCUGUUGGAACUGUGGUUGGCUGGCCAAAAGAGUUGGUGACAUUUUCGACGACAAAGAAAAAGGAGAAACCUAAACCACUAUUUGCUAUUUUGGAGGUUCCUGAUGAGAAAAAUAAAUUCAAGAAAGUUGAAAGUGCUCUACCAAUGCCAUGCAAGUUUUUGUAUUCUUAUGUUGUUAGACUGAUGACUGAGGAGGAGACCAUUCCUAUCGAAUUUGAUGAAGCCAUGUUUGGACGUAAUGUGAGUACAUCAUUGUUGAGAGAGGAUGUCAUGCGUUGUAUGGAAAUGAGAGAGAUAGGGUCCAGGCAAAUUUUGGUUUACAUGGGUUACAUAUACAAGUACUUGAAGGAAACAAACAGGGCUGAGUAUGUAUCGUUUGUGGAUCCCAACAAAAUACCAGCCGCUCAAGAUGGCAGUACCUCUUCACAACACAUUGCUAAUCAGUUGAAAGCAUCAAACGGAGACAGAAUAUGCCUUAUCCCAUACAACACUGGGUACCACUGGAUCUUGACCGUUAUAAACGAGGACAAAGAUACAAUUUAUUUGUUGGACUCAAUGGGUAAUAGGAACCGAGAUGACACUUGGAAAACUACAGUGUGCAAUGGAGUGAGGACGUACCUUUGUAUGAGGGGUAAUCCAAAACGAUCAACUUUCAAACAGUUGACGGGUAAUCUAAAACAACAAGGUUGUGUUGAAUGUGGAUAUUGUGUCAUGCGGUACAUGAAAGAGAUUGUUGAAUGUGAGGAUCUACAGUUGGAGAGGAAGUUUGCAGGUUAUGUGAAGAACCAGUACUAUACGAGACACAAUAUGAUGAAGUGA